AUGAUUCAUUUUCUUUCUCAUUCUCUCUAUGUCUAUAUACUUCACCUAUCUAUCUAUCUAUCUAUCUAUCUAUCUAUCUAUCUAUCUAUCUAUCUAUCUAUCUAUCUGUUUGUUUGUCUGUCUAACUGUCGAUCUCUCUGUUUGUCUGUCUAUCUAUCGACCUAUCUGAUAACCACAAAUUUACAAAUAAUAUACAUUUAUGAAUACCUACGUAUCUAUCUAUCUAUCUAUCUAUCUAUCUAUCUAUCUAUCUAUCUACACACACACAAUGACACACAAACACAUUAUUUAUCACAUCUCCCGUUACCAUCCAUUCUUGUGCCUGCUUAUAUAUUUACGGAUGCUCCCUUAGGGUGCUCGUCUGACGCUGCUGCCGACACCAACGUUGUCGCCUUAAACGCUGUAUGUUCCACUCUUACAACUGCAUUAGGCAGAGCUAAUGCGUCUAGCAAACAACUUGUGGCUACGCCAAGGGGCAAGUUUGUCAUUAAGCUUGCGUAA